CUGAGACAUCCGUAUCCUGCAUUUCGCGACGGAAAGUCUUGGAGAGUAUGCGCAACCGGUGUGCACAUCUCUCUCUCAUUCCCCGGGAGUAACGGGUCGGGAUACUUUGAGAGAAAGAAGUUGGUUUCGGGCUCAGAUCCAGACAGAGCAGAAAGCCAUGUUCAACGCCCAAGGGAGGUCGCUGAGCAAUGUUCAACUCCAAGUGGUCACUGCAGAUCCUCUUUGCGGCCGCCGCCGCGACGACGAUUCUGCUGUUCGCCACAGUCCACUCGGGCACCAGCAACACCGCCUCGGAGCAGCUCUUGCUCGUGCACAAGGUCGUCAAGGGCCAAGAGCACAUCAGCAAGCUCUGGCCGUGGUCAAGUAGCAGCGGCACCCUCGGGCGAGCCUGGGUCCGCGACCAUGUUGAGCGCAGCGAGAGGAUCUACCAGACCAUGGUGGCCCAGCGGCAAGAGCUAGAUGACGACUUUGAGAGGAGCGGAUCGAACAAGGACUUGUUUCCUUGCGUCGGGGGCUUGGGCUAUCGAAAUACCCCUUUCACCAUCUGGGACUGGACCACCGCGGCCUUCAACUGCCCGCACUCGGUUCAGCGUGUCGGCCGCCUGGGCGACGGCGGCAAAUGGAUCUGUGGCCUCGAGGUCCUCGAGGCCCUCCCGGCCCGGAAGAGCCGCGACGAGCCCAGCCCCUGCGUCAUCUACUCGUUCGGCAUCUUCAACGAGUCGUCGCUCGAGGACGGCCUGCUGGCGCGCGCACAGGGGUGCGAGAUCUGGGGCUACGACUUCAGCGUCGACGACUUUGGGCCGCAGCUCAACCGGUCCGCGGAAUACGUGCACCGCGCCCACUUCAUCAAGGCGGGCAUCGCGGGCGUCACGGACGACCAGAGGAGCCCGCCCUUCUACUCGAUCCAGGACCUCCUUAGGCGCAACAGCCACGACCACGUCGACAUUCUCAAGAUGGACAUUGAGGGUUACGAGUUCGAUGCGAUGCGCAGCAUCAUCGACGCUUUCCGCAGGCCCCCCGGGACCAGCAUCGCGCAGGGAGGAGGAGGGGGUCCUGAGGCGGGAGAUCCCCCCCUGAGCGUCCUCGAGGACGACGGGCUCGGCGAGGUCCCCAUCGCACAGCUCAUUGUCGAAAUCCAUCUUGACCCUGGCCGUUUUGCCGAUACGCCCGCGUUCAUGAGCUGGUGGGAGGAACUCGAAGGCGCCGGGUUCCGGGCGACCUGGACCGAGCCCAACCUGCUGGUGUCGACAAUGCCGCUGUACGACUCCUUCCCGAGAUAUGCAGAGGUGAGUAUUGACGCCUGAUGCCAAGCUACCGAUCACCUACGAAAAGAUAUCAAACAGCUGACAUGUGGACUCGACAGUACACAUUUCUCAACAUCAAGGACAGCAAGAGCAAAUUUGUCCAUUGACCAAUCGCACCACUGGGGAAGUUGAAUAUCUAGGUGGGCGAUUCCGCUCAGCAGCGCCACAGCAUCAUUACGGAACGUAGCAAAUACUGGUUCAGAGAUCAGAUACGAGUCACAUGUAAAGAGACGAAAGCUCGCC